CCAAGGCUCCGUGUUGAAAGACAUUUGCUGAAGAAUUUCAGUUCACCACAGUAUAUACCUGCAUGUACAGUGGUUAGAGCCAGUGGUAUAAAGAGACCAGGAAAGGGACCAGUAGUAAAUAAACCAGAUUUUAUAAGACCUGCUCAUGGUAGAAAGGUGAAAAGAUUAGAUGGGCAGUUUGUACAUAGAGGAGAUGUGUUAGUUACACAAAAUGGAUUAAAUUACUAUCCUGGUGAAAAUGUUGAGAUUGAGAGAACCAACAGACUAGUAGCAAUGUGUGAUGGAACAGUGAUGAUAACUACAGAGACACUCAAUCCCUAUCAAGACAGUCCACUUUAUGCACCUGUUUCUCAAGGAACGGAAAUCAAGAGAAAAUUUUUCCAUGUUUAUCCUAUUCCUUUACAUGGAAAGUUUAGAUUAGUGAAUGAAGUUUAGAAUUUUAAUACACUGUUUAUUGACAUU